ACUACAACAGUCCUCCUGCCAAUUGACUCUUCUUCCGCCCGCCUAUCUUUUCCCUUCUGUCCUCCCCCCUCGUUCGCAUCGCCCCCAUUGCUGAAAAUCUCACUUCUCCCAUUCUCCUUUGUCAUCCGCCAUGCAAGCUCUGCAAUCCCCUUCUUCUCUCCGCCCUUCCCCCCUGCAGCCACUCCAACGGAGAUCCCGCAAUGCGACCCGCCCCGCAUUCUUCUCCCAGAGGAAGCUCCCCGUCAUCGCCGCCUCUUCCAAUGUCUCCGUUUCAGCUCCCAAGCGGGAGACUGACCCGAAGAAGAGGGUUGUAAUCACCGGCAUGGGAUUGGUCUCCGUAUUCGGCAACGAUGUGGAUGCUUACUACGACAAGCUGCUUUCUGGGGAGAGUGGGAUCACUCUAAUCGACCGCUUCGAUGCGUCCAAGUUUCCGACCCGGUUUGCCGGCCAGAUCCGGGGUUUUACUGCUCAGGGUUAUAUCGAUGGGAAGAACGACCGGAGGCUUGAUGAUUGCUUGAGGUAUUGCAUUGUGGCAGGGAAGAAGGCCCUGGAAGAUGCGGAUCUUGGUGGGGAGAAGCUAUCCAAGAUCGACAUGGAGAAAGCUGGUGUGCUUGUUGGAACAGGGAUGGGAGGUCUAACUGUCUUUUCUGACAAUGUCCAGACUCUAAUUGAGAAAGGACACCGGAAAAUUAGCCCAUUCUUCAUUCCUUACUCCAUAACAAACAUGGCUUCGGCUCUGCUGGGGAUUGAGCUUGGUUUCAUGGGGCCUAAUUACUCCAUUUCAACAGCAUGUGCAACUUCUAAUUACUGCUUCUAUGCUGCUGCAAACCAUAUCCGCCGGGGUGAGGCUGAUUUGAUGAUUGCUGGUGGAACUGAAGCUGCUGUUAUUCCUAUUGGGUUGGGAGGAUUUGUGGCAUGUAGGGCCUUGUCCCAGAGAAAUGAUGACCCGAAAACUGCUUCAAGGCCAUGGGACAGAGAUCGAGAUGGUUUUGUCAUGGGUGAAGGUUCAGGAGUAUUGAUUAUGGAGAGUUUGGAACAUGCCAUGAAACGUGGGGCACCCAUCAUUGCUGAGUACUUGGGAGGUGCUGUUAACUGCGAUGCUUAUCAUAUGACUGACCCAAGAGCUGAUGGACUUGGAGUUUCUACUUGUAUCGAGAGAAGUCUCGAAGAUGCUGGUGUCUCGCCUGAAGAGGUCAACUACAUAAACGCUCAUGCGACCUCGACUCUUGCUGGUGACCUUGCGGAGAUAAAUGCUAUAAAGAAGGUGUUUAAAAACACUUCGGAGAUUAAAAUCAAUGCAACCAAGUCCAUGAUAGGUCACUGUCUUGGUGCUUCUGGAGGUUUGGAAGCAAUAGCUACCGUGAAGGCUAUCAACACGGGAUGGCUACAUCCUUCCAUUAACCAAUUUAAUCCAGAGCCUUCAGUCGAAUUCAACACAGUUCCCAACGAGAAGCAGCAGCACGAAGUGAACGUUGCCAUCUCAAAUUCCUUCGGAUUUGGAGGACACAAUUCAGUUGUGGCGUUUUCAGCAUUUAAGCCCUGAGAGUAAAGCUGGAAGCUCGGAAAAGACUGGGAAAUCUGCAGUUGUGGUUGUUGUUGAAUGAUUUUGAGGACAAAUCUACUAGGCUAAGAAAGACUUAGUUUACAGAAAUGGUUCAGGUUUUUUGCAUUUGUAAUUUUUGCUUCUAAACUAUAAACUAUUUCCAACUCCUUGCAUCCGGCCUUCGUGUAGCAUGAGUUCUUGAUCUGUAGCUAAGUUAUUUGUAGCAGAACCAGCAAGAAUUGAGCCCUUGUUUAGUAUCAGAAGAUAGCUAAGUUAAUUUUCCUCCUUUGUUCUUCCGAAACAUUAUUCACAUGACGUAGUUGGGGUGUUCACACCACAUACUCGAAUAUUUUGUGUGAAUAUCCAAACCACAUUAUACAAAUACUGAAAUUACGUUAUGUAAACAUUAUCAAUUUACCUCAAAAACUGUGUCAAAAGGAAUCUGCAUUGGUGGAGAUUCGAGAUCGGAGGUGGAGAUCUAUUGGUCUCAUGGAGGUGGAGAUCUAUUGGAAGCCGCCACCUCCCGAGUGGG